AUGACAGCGGGAACAGUUGUGAUCACUGGCGGAAUCCUAGCUACGGUCAUCCUCCUCUGCAUCAUUGCCAUCCUGUGCUACUGUAGGCUCCAGUAUUACUGCUGCAAGAAGAGCAGAGCGGAGGAUGCAGACGAGGAAGAGGAGGAGGAGCACGACCUGCCCACACACCCCAGAGGCCCUACCUGCAAUGCUUGCAGCUCCCAGGCCCUGGAUGGCCGAGGCAGCCUGGCGCCCGUCCCCGGCGAGCCCUGCGGCCAGCCGUGCAGGGUGGCGGCUGGCCACUGCACCGCCUGCUCCCCAUACACCUCCCCCUUUUACAUACGGACGGCUGACAUGGUGCCCAACGGGGGUGGAGGCGAGCGGCUCUCCUUUGCUCCCACCUACUACAAGGAGGGGGGACCCGCAUCUCUCCAAGUGGCAGCGCCCCAGAGUUACCCGGUGACGUGGCCAGGCUCUGGGCGCGAGGCCUUCACCAAUCCAAGGGCUAUUAGUACAGAUGUGUAA